AUGCUUUCCCUCGUCACCCUCGCUCUCGGCCUCGCUGCCACUGUCUCCGCCGUUCCGCUCGGGCCCGGCAACACCACCCUGCACCACGCGCGGGCCGCAUCCACGCUUUUCCCCGUCGACCAGGGAUCCAAGUCCUGGACGGUAUCCAAGGGCCAAUCCGGGGCUCUCCCACUGAGCGAUGACACAUUCCGGCCGUUCAACGAGAUCAAGGACCUCACCCACGACUACGUCUCCGCCCCGGACGGCGUGCUCUCGAUGGAGGCCGUGUACCCCAAGGGCUCCUUCAAGCCCUCCGCGAGCCCGCGCGGAGGCAUCACCUUCUACGCGCCGGGACCCGCGAGCGUCGACCUGACGACUGCCAAGGAGGCCACGCUCUCCUACACCGUCCUCUUCGAGGAAGGCUUCGACUUCAACAAGGGCGGCAAGCUCCCGGGCCUCUGUGGACGGCGGCAACAGCGACAAGGAGGCGGUCGGGUGCUCGGGCGGCCGGCGCGACACCGGCUGCUUCUCCGCGCGGUUCAUGUGGCGGCGGGGGGCGCGGGGGAGCUGUACACGUACCUGCCGCCGGGGAUCGACGCGAACACGAAGGUGUGCUCGGUGCCGCCGCAGUCGGAGUGCAACGACGUGUUCGGGCAGUCGGUCGGCCGCGGCGCGUUCUCGUUCACCCCGGGCACGCGCGCGACGAUCGGCCAGCGCGUGCGGCUGAACGACGUCGGGCAGGAGAACGGCGAGCUCGAGCUGUUCGUGACGGGAAGAGCAUACGCGGGCCGCAUCCGCGGGAUCCAGAUGCAGACGUUCUUCGGCGGGAGCGACAGCUCGUGGGCGUCGCCCAAGGAGCAGCACGUCUACUUCAGUGACUUCUCGGUCGCCAUUACCGAGGCGCUCUAA